CGUUCCCCGCUGGGGCUCCGGGCUGCAGGGCUCCGCGCCGCCCACAGCGUGCGCCUGAGGGUGCGGCCGGCGGGGCGCGCAGCGAGGUCCCUCCGGAGCCCGGGUCCCACGGCUGCAGCCUCCGCAGCGGCAACUGCGGGCAAACCCACAACAACCCUUCCCACCGGCGCUGUCACGCGCUCCGUGGGAAGUGGCCCGCGCGUCCCGCGGGAGCCCUAAGCAGCCGCGGAGAAGCGGGAUGGCGGCGGGCGUGGAGGAGAGGUCUGCACCGCGCAUCGCCCGAGCUCUGCCCGCCCGGGGCGUCUGCUCCCCACGCACCGCCGGCCGCGGGUCCUGGCUCCUCGGCGCCCGACCAGCGCCACCCGGCCAAGCCCCGGGGUCCGGGCGGCCGGAGCGACGCCGGCCGUGGAGCAGGCACGGAGCCCCGAGCAGCGCCAACAGGCACCGCGCAGCCUGCAGAGCCCGCGGCCGGGGCGGUGCUGCUGGGCUAGCGGCGUGCCCGGGGGUCCCGGUGCGGGCUGCGGAGCCGCGGGCGGCCGGCACGUACCUCGGAGGCGGUGUGUCAAGCGGAGAUCCACCCGCUGCAAGUUGGAGGGAAGCGGAGGAAAGUUCCCCGGCCCAGCGCCCGGCGGCGAGCUCCUGCAGCUGCUGCCGCGGCCAAACUACGCCAUCCGGACCCGCCGGGACUUUCACCGCCUGCAGGGAGCUCCGGGGACCACGCAGGGAAAGUGGCCGCGCACGACAGCCACCGACUUCCCUCCCUCACUCACUAGGAAGUGGAAAGCGCCGCUCGGCGUCCCCGAAACCCUCGAUUACCCCCAUCGGGCCGACCAGCGCACUCCCCAGCCUCACACACGCGGGCGGGGACGGGCAGGACGCCACAGCAAUCAGCGCGCGGGGGGAAGGGCGCUCCUCCUCCGCCGGCCCCACCGCGGCUCCGGGCCGCGGAGAAACUCCUCCUCCCGCCGCCCGCCUCCUCUCUCCUCCCCCUUUUCCUCCCGGACUGAUGGAUGAGCACCGACCGCGGCUCGAGCCUGCGUUUCCCUUCGGACCGAGGAGGGAGGGAGAGAAGAAACACGCGGAGCAGCCGGGCCGCUGCGCGCCCAGUCCUGCCUGUUGUCUCAAGAUGCGCGCUGCUGUUGGGCGCCCGUGGGAUCCUGCCUCCGGGUCUCUGACAGCGGAGAGUGCGUUACCCAGCGGGCCCCCAGCUCGCGAAAUAAGUCAAUACCAUAAAGGAGCGAGGUCAGCGCAGCUGGUGGCGGACGCUGUCCUACGGUUGGCACGAUGUAAACCAGCCUGUCUGCGGCACAUGUGCCGUGAACUACCCUGCAAAGUUGAUGAAGGCAGCAACCAGAGCACCGCUCUCAUACCCUUGUUUACACCCCGUUUUUCUUUUAAAAGAUGCGCUUAAGUCACAGGUCACUGACUUGCCCGAGUGGCUCAGUGGUUGUGACGACCUAUGUACCAGGAGGUCUCGGUUCGAUUUCUGGUCAGGGCACACGCCCGGGUUCCUGGCUCGGGCUCGGGCUCGAUCCCCAGUGCGAUGAUUCUCUCUCGUCAUUGAUGUUUCUAUCUCUCUCUUCCUCUCUGAA